AGCUUCUGCAGGGUGAGUGUAGGAGAGGGAAGCAGCUGCUCCUCCAGGCAACGGGGAGAGAGGAGGAGGAGGAGAAGGAGAAGGAGAAGGAGGUGGAGGAGGAGGAGAAGGACUAGAAGGAGGAGGAUCCCGGUGACUGAGAGCGGCAGCUGGGAAAGGGGGAGAGAGAGAGAAGAGAGAGAGAAGGAGGGGGGGAAAAACCAAACCAGCUGAUUUGAUUUCCUUUUAGUUUAAAGCAAAAGAAAAUGGAAGUCGGUUAAUAAAGGAUUGGAGCAGGCGUAGAGAGCAGGGUUGACAGUGUCUCCUAGUGGGCUGCUAUCAAUUCUGCGGUUUCCAUCAGAAGUUAUGCUUAGUGAUGUCUGGACACCAAAUGGAAACCACUGCUGCUGAAGUAAAUAACUAGCAGCUGAUCUGAACAGAAAUGUGCCUAGCAAAACUGAAAACAUUAUCAUAGUGGAAAGAGCCCUGAACGAAUUCUCAGGGGUUGUGAUAUCACACCACACAUUUUACUGUGGCAAAAAUGGACUAUUUUCAACAGUGGAAAGUACCAUGUUGACAAAGUAUAAUUCUUGACUGCCACAUGCCUCCAGAAGACGUUGAAGUCUGUUAAAAAUGGAUGGCUUCUAGUCUGCUCUUGAACCCCACCUCUGCUGAGUGUUGGGCAGCACUUCUACAUGAUCACAUGACUCUUGAUAUGGACGCAGUCCUGUCAGACUUUGUUCGGUCCACAGGGGCAGAACCAGGUCUGGCAAGAGACCUGCUGGAAGGCAAAAACUGGGACUUGACCGCAGCUCUGAGUGACUAUGAGCAACUUCGACAGGUUCAUACGGCCAACCUACCACAGGUGUUCAAUGAAGGAAAAUACUACAAGCAGCCAGAGAGAGAGCCAGCCCAACAGGUGAACAAAAUUGAACGACCCUGCCUUCAGAGACAGGAUGACAUUGCCCAAGAAAAGCGUCUUUCCAGAGGUAUUUCUCAUGCCAGCUCAGCCAUAGUCUCCCUUGCCCGAUCCCAUGUGGCCAAUGAAUGCAGCAAUGAACAAUUUCCCCUGGAGAUGCCCAUCUACACAUUCCAACUGCCCGACCUCAGUGUAUACAGUGAAGACUUCAGGAGCUUCAUCGAACGUGAUUUAAUAGAACAGGCAACAAUGGUUGCCUUGGAGCAGGCAGGUCGUCUGAACUGGUGGUCAACAGUGUGUACAAGUUGCAAGCGUCUUCUUCCAUUGGCAACAACAGGGGAUGGAAACUGCCUCUUACAUGCUGCCUCACUAGGCAUGUGGGGAUUUCAUGACCGGGACCUGGUUUUGCGGAAGGCUCUCUACACCAUGAUGAGGAGUGGAGCCGAAAGGGAAGCAUUGAAGCGGAGGUGGAGGUGGCAACAGACCCAGCAGAAUAAGGAGUCAGGGUUAGUUUAUACUGAAGAAGAGUGGGAGCGAGAGUGGAAUGAGCUCUUGAAGCUGGCAUCCAGUGAACCUCGAACUCAUUUCAGCAAAAAUGGAGGCACCGGUGGUGGAGUGGACAAUUCUGAAGAUCCUGUGUAUGAAAGCUUAGAAGAGUUCCAUGUUUUUGUCUUAGCGCAUAUACUAAGAAGACCAAUCGUUGUUGUAGCAGAUACAAUGUUAAGAGACUCAGGUGGAGAAGCAUUUGCUCCGAUUCCAUUUGGAGGAAUCUACUUGCCUCUGGAAGUUCCACCUAACAGAUGUCACUGCUCCCCUUUGGUCCUAGCCUAUGAUCAAGCCCAUUUCUCUGCCCUUGUGUCCAUGGAACAAAAAGAUCAACAAAGAGAGCAAGCGGUCAUCCCUCUCACCGACUCUGAACACAAAUUACUACCUUUGCACUUUGCAGUUGAUCCUGGGAAGGACUGGGAAUGGGGAAAGGAUGACAAUGAUAACGCCAGAUUAGCCAAUCUGAUACUGUCCCUAGAAGCCAAGCUGAACCUUCUGCACAGCUACAUGAAUGUCACUUGGAUCCGCAUCCCCUCUGAAACCCGGGCUCCUUUGGCCCAGCCUGAAUCUCCUACAGCUUCAGCAGGAGAGGAUGUUCAGUCUCUGGCUGACUCCAUGGACUCAGACCGAGAUUCCAUCUGUAGUAAUUCCAAUAGCAAUAAUGGGAAGAAUGGGAAAGAAAAAGAGAAGGACAAACAGAGAAAGGAAAAGGACAAGAACAGGACCGAUUCUGUGGCCAAUAAGCUGGGGAGUCUCAGCAAAACCCUUGGAAUCAAACUGAAGAAGAACAUGGGAGGCCUCGGUGGGCUGGUCCAUGGGAAAAUGGGUCGAGCCAAUUCAGGGAAUGGGAAGAAUGGCGAUGGGACAGAUAAAGUCAAGGAGAAGAAGUCCAAAUCUCGAAAAGGCAGCAAAGAGGAGUCAGGCCAGUCAGCGAGCACAUCCCCCUCAGAAAAAAACACCCCGUCUCCCACCGACAAGGCAAGUGUGUCUCCCAUUGAGAAAAACACCAAGACUCUCUCAGAUAAGCAGUCAGACCCAUGGAAGUAUAGCACUGAUGUGAAGCUAAGCCUUAACAUCCUGAGAGCUGCCAUGCAAGGCGAGCGUAAGUUCAUCUUUGCUGGUCUCCUCCUGACCAGUCACCGGCAUCAAUUCCACGAGGAAAUGAUUGGUUACUACCUGACGAGCGCUCAGGAGCGCUUCAACGCAGAGCAGGAACAGAAGCGGAAAGAGGCGGAGAAGAAGGCCUCACUCGGUGGGUCCUCAUGCAGGAAGUUGGAACAAGAGGCCUUUUCCAAGGAAAAACUGGAAUCGUCCCCUCAGGACAGGGCAUCACCAGUCUUGCCUCAAAGCCAUACAACUCAACUUGUUUUAAAAUUUAAAGACCGUACCAGUCCCACCCCAGGGUCAUUUUCUUCCCCUAGCAACAGUGCAAAGAGGAAUGGCCCCACUCCCGUUUCCGCCCACUAUAGCCAUACUCCACCAGUCCAGAGGCAAAGCGUGAUCCAUUUGCAUGAUGUAAACUCCAAGCCGUCCAGCUUCCAGGAUGAUACCUACAAGCCAGUGGUUGGCACUCUCAAAACUUGUGCUACAUACCCCCAGCAGAAUAGAUCCCUGUCAUCACAGAGCUAUAGCCCCGCCCGUAUUGCGGGCAUCCGCACAGUGAACACAGUGGAAUCUUUGACCUAUGCCCUGCCCACAGAACACAAGUCCCAGACAUACACCAAUGGCUUUAACACUGGUGACAUUAGAGACUGCUUAGAAUAUGCUGAUGAGGAAGCACCACAGACAUGGUUGAACAAUGAUAAAAACAGAGGCCGAAGCACAGUUUGCCCCAUCUAUUCCAUUCAGCAGAACCGUUGUAAGAAGGAGAACUGUUCCUUUUAUGGUCGCCCAGAGACUGAAAACUACUGUUCCUACUGCUACAAAGAGGAGCUCAAGCGAAGGGAGAGAGAGACCAAAGGACACCGGCACUGAAGACUUCUGAGGCUCUUCCAAAACCAAUUAGUCUCAUCAUUUUUUUUUUCUUAUGAUGGCAAAAGGUGGUGGACAACAGAGGAAAGCCAGUCCUUCCCAAAGGGAGUGACAGUCACUGUCAGGCUUGUGGCUUCUGUUUGGGGAAAACACAGAAAUCAGAGAUGAAUUUAUCAUAAAGAAUUUAUUUUCCAUUUUGUCAGUGUCUUUUUUACACACCCUGGUCAGCUGAAAGGUUGUUUACCCUUUUUUUUUUGUCAGUGCUGUGUCUAUGUGUGGUCAGAAAUCACUAAUGGUGCCUGAACUUAUGCUGAUGUCACUCAGGUAGUAGAAGGAUAGAGGGAAAAGUCAUAAUAUUGGAGAUGUGAUGAUGUGUUAGGAAAGCAUCUGCCUCAUACAUGUUGAAGAUCCAAUAGCCAUCAGGAGAAUCUUUGUGUUCCCCAAGAAAAUAAAUAAAUUCCACAGCCCUUUGUUUUGAUAAGGGGAUAAUUUUUCAUACUUUUUUUUUAAAAACAUGGUGACUGACAUCUUCCACACUAGUUGAUGUUUGUACGAAUUCAAUUACCAAUGCAUUAUAUAGAAAGAAAAUGUGAAGAGAAGGUCUGUGUUGGUAGCUCUGCUGGGUAUGCUUGUUAGCAAGUUUAAACAGAGGGUUUUUUGCUUCCUCCUACUGCCCCACUCAAUCUUGUUGGGGGGGGCGCUAGAAAGACCUUUUGACUAUUUCUGACAUUAUGAUCAUUGUCAUUGACCCUUUAGGAAUAUAAGGUUUCAUCUCAUAAGCAAACCCUCUUAUCAUGUUCAUCUGUCUAGAGGCAACAUUUACACUGCCAUCAAAAGUAGCCCAAUUAUCUCUAAAAUGGGUACACUAUAACCUACCUCACAGGGGUGUUGUGAGGUUUCUGCUCAAGUCUGUCAGCUGCUUGGAGAUCUUCAGAUGACAGGAGCUAUUCAAGAGGGAAACAGGAUGAAAUUCCUGCCAUUCACCACAAAGGCAGGUGGUCAAUGAACUCAUCAUGGUACAUGAGCAAAAUGAUACCAGUCCACUCAGAUUUUUAAUUUGACCACUUUUUUUUUAAUGGACUUUUGACCAUGGGCAUGUGGAAAACUUUCGUAGCCAAGGUUGUGGCAGAUAGCAGGUCGGGGAGUCAUUUUUGCUUGGACAGAGGUCGGCUUGUGAGUUCAUUAUGGAGACUGGCUUUGAAACAUGAAUGGUAACGGAGUUCCCUACCCCUAUUUGAAGUAGAAUUUGGUGGAAUAGGUAAUGAGGGAGAAAUAUUCCUCUCUGAUUAAUUCAGGCCAAAGCCAGAGUAUUCUGUGCUGAAUUUAUAGAACCAACACCAGAUAUUUUAGAUCCCGUAGCAGUUUUUGACCAUAGGAUGAUGAGACCAAGGCCAACACUCAUUAAAUUUUCCCUUUUCUUGUGUGGUGCCUCCCAUAGGAAACAUAAAUUUCUCAAAAGUGUAUCCUUAGCAACCCUCUUUUGUACAGCAAUACCCAUUGUCCUUUCAUGGGUUACCUCUAGUGAUGACAGCUGUUAGCCAAGGGAAUGGAUGACAUCAAAACUUACCAUUCCAAUCAAAUAUUAGAACUUGUUUGUUUCUGAGGAAUAUAAACAAGGGACCGAAACCUCAAUGACAAAAGAAAAAAUUGGAAGUACUCUUAGAGCCUUAGAAUAGCACUUACCCCUUGACAACUGCUUCUGUACGAGGUCAUGACAAUGUCAAGCCUCAGGAAAAAAAAAUGACAGGUAGAGCUGUCUCUUUAUUUGAGCCAACUGCUUCACAUCUGGAGAAGAUGCUAAAAAGGAACACUAACAGCAAAAAAAAAAAAUGAAAAAAAGCGAUACAUUUUUUACUUGUUUUAAGUAUUACAAUAGAGUAAUUCCUGUGAGUAAUUAAUUUUUUUAUUCUGCGGCAUGUGAGGUUUUCUGCAAGUUAUUGGAGUUUUACAUGAACAAUUCCUUGAGUCAAAAUUCUUUAGUAAAUAGAAAAAAAAACUUUACUGGAAAUUUUUUGAAAAUUUUAAUUUUCAUGCUGAACAAUACUUUGAAUGUGUAACAAUUAAUAAGGCAUAUGUUUCUCCUGUUACAGUUUUUGUUACUCAAAAGAAGGAAAGAAAAAAAUAUUUUUUUUCUUUCUUUUUUAAACUCUGGUAUAAGGGUUUUCCAGCAGCUCUUUGGAUUUAUCUCAUCUGUUCAGGCCAGAACUGUCGCUUUGUGACCCUAGUGUACUGUGUUGAGGAAAAUGGUUGCUUCAUUUGUAGAAUCCAGAUGUAGACAGAGAUAAACAAACAUAUGGCUGAUCCUUCUAAUGAGAUUAAACACAAAUUCGACAGCUAACCUUAAUGAUGCUCGAAUACACCUCCAGAAAUGGUUAGGAGCCUCACAGGCACCCCAGGGCCACAAGAGCAUAAAACAAAGUCGAUGAUUGUUUCUUAUUUUCUAAUUGUACAGUUCUUCUGCCUGUCAAAUUUUUCAAAGACAAAACUUGCUAUGCAAAUGUUUUACCUUUCUCAUGCACUCUGCCUGGUUUAAACAAAUAUAGAAUCCCCUCUUCCCUGUGUCCACCACCUCAAAAAAAAAAGGUCCAUUGUAAUACAGGAAAUUCUAAAUUUAUUUGGAGUAAUUAAUUCUGUCACUUCUAAUAGAAUGUGGCAGCCUAGUCUUUUCCCUUGAAAUUAAAAAUAAAUCUCACCCCUACCCCACUGCCAUCUUUGAUGUACUGAAAGAGAGUCCCCCAAGGCUUUUUUUUAAACUACUUUGGAAAGAGUUCUAAAUCUACCCCCUAGCUAAGGUUUUAGACAUGUCUCACCACAAAAACAUUCUGUGUCCGAGACAACAUGGCCUGGUCAAGCCAGCAUACUGAUUAUGCCUGGUAUAGGCCCUGAUGGCACUGAUCAAGUCCAGACAUUGUGCCUGGCACUUAAUUAAAGCUUGUUGAUUGAGUCAUCCAUUUCACAUCAUAAAAUAGUUGUAUCUUCUAUCCUUUUUCUUGAGAGCCAUCCUUCCAACAGUAUUUGCAAAAAAGAAAAAAGGAAAAAAACCUAUUUUUAUAUUAUAAUUUAAUAAUCCUGGACACCAAUAUGUUGCAUGCUGCAUAAAAGACAGAAUUAGGCUAGGUCCCUGGCCAGGGGUUCUUUCUGACUAAAUUAUGAUAUCAUGCUGAAUGUGAACCAGUAAAAAAAAAAACAGUUUAUUGCUACAAGAUGCAUUUUUAGAAUGCAUAAUCAUUUUUUAGAAAAGUGCCACUGCAGUAUGGUGGAAAGAUUAAUGACUUGGGAGUCAGGAGAUCUGGGUUUGAGUUCUGACUGAUUGGCUGCGUGACCCUGGGCAAGUCAUUAAGUUUUUUGGUCCCAGUUUCCUCAUCAGCCAAAAUGAGGGAGUGGGAGUAGAUGAUCAUACCUCUAAGAUUCUAUGGUUUAUUUUUACUUUUGGAAGCAAAAAAGGGGAUAACAAAGAGGAUGAUAAAUAGGUAAUAUUUUUCUCUAGAAAGAUAGUAAGCAUCAUUAGGGGGAAGACCCCUUUCUCCAGAGGAACUGCCAUAAUUAGGUGAUCAAAGCCCCCACCGAGGUAGCAAAUGAUUGCAGGUGGUCCACUUCCGCUUUGGUCCACUGGGUUGUUUUAACUCUUUAUCUGGUGUCCUUAUUGAUAUAACAGCAAGAUUCAAAGAGGCUCACCAAAUAUUCAUAAAACACAAUAGAGGACGUUUCAGUAAUUUGCUUAACAUUUAUUUGCACACUUAUUACCUGUGUAUAUGAUUAAAAGAAAAGAAAGGUCUAUUGUUAAAGGAGGGUAUUUGUACGUGUAUUCUGUUUGUAGAUUUCAGGCUGUAUUAUGUUGAUAUUUUACAAGCCAAGUUUAAAUUGUAAUAUAGAAAUUAUUUUUAUAUUAUUUUCAAAAUAUGCCACAGAGCAAUAUUUUGCGUCUUUAUUAUAAACAGGGUUGUCACAUAAGUGGGGUAACUUGAGAAUUGUUAUGUAGACAUUUAACCAGGAGAAGAGAGCUAUACGGUGUUCUCUAGAGUUCUGAAUGCUAUUUUUUUGUGUGUGCUGAAUUAUCUAUUGAGAGGUGGAACAUGCAAAUGUCUUUCAUUGAAAAGCUUGAUUUUUUUUUCAGUUGGUAAAGUUUUGUCCCUUACUUUUCCCUUGUAACAAGAAGCUUCAGAAUCCUUAAAUUAUCGUGGAGUUUUUGUUACCUAAAUAAAUGUUCACUCCCAGAUGGCUUAACUGGGAUCCAGAGCAAUUUGAAUCCCUA